AUGGUGUCUCAACAGAUCACACAGUUGUCUCCCCAGGCCGACCCUGAGCGGCCAGACUACAUGAAUCCUGCGGUUUUUCGACGAAACUGCCUCCCGGCGCGAGCGUAUCACAUCCCUGCAACAUCGAUGCUCCUCAAUGGAGACUGGGAAUUCCAGAUGGCCAGGGCCCCGUUAGCAGCACCAGUGCCUGACAAGGAAGAUAUGAAUGAGGCUUGGUCCAAGAUCAGUGUCCCGGGUCACUGGCAAUUGCAGGGCUGGGGUAAGCCCAAUUACACCAACACACAAUUCCCAAUUCCAGUGUGCCCUCCAUUCGUACCUACCGAGAAUCCUACUGGAACGUACCGCCGUCGGUUCCAAUUGCCAAAGGAGUGGAAUGAAACCGACGAGAUUCGGUUGCGUUUCGAUGGGGUCGACAGCGCGUACCACGUUUGGGUGAACCAGAAUUUGGUGGGGUAUGCACAAGGCAGCAGAAACCCUUCCGAAUUCGAUGUUACGCCUUAUCUUCGGAGGAACAGUGACAAUGAGAUUUUUGUACGCGUUUAUCAGUGGUCAGACGCGACUUAUAUUGAGGAUCAAGAUCAGUGGUGGCUGUCCGGAAUAUUCCGCGACGUGACGUUAAUCGCGUUCCCAAAAACUGAUCGGUUGAAUGACUGGUUCAUUCGUACAGACCUAGAUUCGAUUUACACAGACGCAACACUGCUCGUAACGAUCGAUUACCAGGUAUCGAAGCAAAGUAGCCUUGAAAUCCGAUUGAUUGACUUGAUUGGUGGCACGAGAAAGACGAUAUCCUCAGCGGAACGAAUCUUGCAGCCAGAAAUUUGCAAGGUUGAGCUCAAAGUGCCAGUAACUGCUCCCAGGAAGUGGACUGCCGAGCGGCCUUACCUAUAUGAAGUGGAGAUGAUCUUAUCGACCCCGGGAUCUGACAAGACCUUGAAGACUACCCAGCGAGUUGGUUUCCGCAAAGUAGAGCGCAAAGAUGGUCUGAUCACAGUCAAUGGGAAGGCCAUCAGGCUUCGUGGUGUUAACCGACACGAUCAUCACCCUCUUCUGGGUCGGGCGGUGCCACUGGAUUUCAUGAGAAAAGAUUUGCUUCUUAUGAAAGCCCACAAUGUCAAUGCCCUUCGAUGCAGUCACUAUCCUCCUGACCCUCGUCUUCUAGACAUGGCAGAUGAGCUGGGUUUCUGGGUCAUUGACGAAGCUGACCUAGAGUGCCAUGGCUUCUAUGAUGCAGUAGCUCGCCCGAUGGACAUGGACGAGACGCUUGGCUAUGAGGACCGCAAAGCCCAAACAUUCCCAAAGUGUGGCAUGCACACAUCGGACAACCCCGCUUGGCAAGCAGCCUACGUUGACAGAAUGCAAGCACUCAUUCAACGAGACAAAAACCAUACCAGCGUCAUCAUCUGGUCCAUGGGAAAUGAAGCUUUCUUCGGUAGUUGCCAUCGCUCCAUGGUUGAGACCGCCCGGGCCUUUGACAACACGCGUUUGAUUCAUUACGAGGGUGACAUUCACGCAGAGACGACAGAUAUGUUCAGCUUCAUGUAUCCUGAUAUUGAACGCUUGCGAUCACUCGCAGUUACUGAGGAUGUUGCCGAUGACGGUACGUUUGACAAGCCGAUUAUUCUUUGCGAAUAUGCCCAUGCCAUGGGCAACGGGCCAGGUCUGCUGGCAGACUACGAGAGAUGCUUUGAUGAAAUCCCACGCUUGCAGGGUGGUUUCAUCUGGGAAUGGGCCAACCAUGGAUUGUGGGUAGAAGGUAAAGACGGUAAGUGCGGCUUUUAUGCCUACGGUGGAGACUUCGAUGACUAUCCUAAUGACGGAACCUUCGUGAUGGAUGGACUCCUGAACAGUGCCCAUGAGCCGCUCCCGGGUCUGCUGGAGUUAAAGAAGGCUUUCGAGCCAGUCAAACUGGAAAUCAAGGGACAGGUUUUGUCUCUGAAGAACAAAUACGACUUCUUGGAUCUAGACCAUCUUCAAGCUUCGUACAAGCUUGAGGCAUUUGGCAAAGAAGCUAAAACUCUGGCAACCGGAUUACUUGAACUACCUCAUCUUUCAGCCGGGCAGUCUGCGGAGGUGCCUCUCCCAGCAGAGCUCUUCCAGCACAACUUUCACCCGGCCUUCUUGACCAUUACAUUGCACCAGCGAGAGAAAGUCGAAUGGGAUGAGGAUGAUUUUACCGUUGCUUGGGCGCAAGAGUUGGUAUCCGUCCCUUCUGAGAAGCCCUCUGCCAUCGGGUUGAGCUCUAGUCAGAUGCAAAACGCCAUCAAUAUCAACACUGCCAAGACCACUGUUUCCAUCAGCGGAACGGACUGGUCCUUUGAGUUUGAUCGUAUCCACGGACAUCUAAGGAACCCAGAUGCCGGGCCAGCCAUGGUUCCUGGCUUCUGGCGUCCUCCCACGGACAAUGAUGCACCUUCCGCUGCGCCGUACUGGAAGCGAUUCGGAGUGGAAAAUAUCACGAAUCAACUUCGCUCAUUCGAAAUCACAUCAUCCGGGGCAGGUGAUGUUUGUGUCAAAAGUGAGACAUUCCUUUCGCCACCGGUUCUCUCCUGGGGCUGGAAAUGCCUCGCACAAUACCUAGUCAAGCCCGACGGGUCACUGUCUGUAUCCAUCAAGUUACAGCCCAGGGGUGCUGCACCCACCACUGUCCCACGAGUUGGUUUGAAUCUUCGCGUCAGCUCUGAUCUGACAUCUGCACGCUGGCUCGGGCUUGGACCCGGGGAGUCCUACCCUGACAAGAAAGCGGCGCAGAAGUUCGGUCUGUGGAAUGUUGACAGCAUUGAUUCUCUGCGGACUGAUUAUGAAGUUCCCCAGGAGAACGGCAAUCGUAUGGACACAGCGUGGUUGGAGCUCGUUUCGUCAAAUGGAACUGGCUUCCGUGCAACCCCGCAGGAAAGCACUUGGUUGACUGGGGGUACUAGUGGGUUGAGCUGGACCGCCAGCCGGCACUCCGACAAGCAAAUAGAAGAUGCCCGGCAUCCUUGUGACCUGGUCGAUGAAGGUGCCUUGUUCGUCAGAUUGGACCGGCAGGUCGCGGGAGUUGGGACUGCGGCGUGUGGGCCGGGACCUAUAGAUGAGCACUUAAUUUCUGUGCAAGAUAUCGCGCUUGGCAUGCUGUUAGAACCUGUCUCACUAUAG